GGACGCUGGGGCAGCCGGGCCUGGAGGGGACAGGGAGGGCGGCUCAGGUUUAGUCGCGUGGCCCCAGGUGCGCGGCCUUCGCCCCGCAGCACCCGUGGUGCUGGCCCGGGCCUCGGCUCUGCGGCAGAAGUCGCGGUUGUGGCAACCGGCGCCGGCGCAGCUGCCCCGGGCCGGGGCGUUUCGUCUGCGCGGGCCCGUGGGGCGGGCAUCGCCCUGGGCCACGCGCUGAUAGUCUCCAUCUCUCAGAAAAAGUCACGCCGUGGUCUGUAAAGGGUCCGCCCCGAAGUGGUCAAAGUGUUCAUUUUUAGAAACGGAUAGUGUUAGGUCGUAAAGACGUUCUGGAAAUUACCUCUAGAGCCCGGCUCUGGCAUUUUAUGGAAGAAGAAAUUGUCUGGACGAAUAACAUGAGAUCAUAUAGAAUCCCACUUUUGGUGCUUUCAAAUCAAGAAAGUAAAAGUAAACCAUUGCGGUCUUUCACCUUAAGUAUCCUGUGUUUUACUGCUCAAAACACCCGGUUUUUAUACUAUUCAUGAUGUCAGAAGGGAAACCUUCUGACAGAAAAAAGCCUCGUAGAAGCUUAUCAAUCAGCAAGAAUAAGAAAAAAGCAUCUAAUUCUAUUAUUUCGUGUUUUAACAAUGCACCACCAGCCAAACUUGCCUGCCCCGUUUGCCGUAAAAUGGUGCCUAGAUAUGACUUAAACCGGCACCUUGAUGAAAUGUGUGCUAACAAUGACGUCGUUCAAGUUGACCCAGGGCAAGUUGGCAUAAUAAAUUCUAAUGUGUCUACGGUAGAUGUAACCAGUGCUGCUUUAGAAGAUGUAAUGCCAGAGAAGUCACCACCACCAAAGGCAAAUUUAACUGCUGGCCAAAGUGAUUCAGCAAAAAUGGCCGUAAAACACAAGUCCAGUCCCUACUUUAAAAGUAAUGAUGCCUUGGUGUGUACAAAUCAAGAUGAGCUGAGAAAUCGUAGUGUGAAAGUCAUUUCUUUGGGAAGCCUAGCAUCUAAAUUGUCCAGAAAAUACACAAGGGCUAAAAAAUCAAUAGAUAAGGAUGAAGAAUUUGCCGGUUCUAGUCCACAGAGUUCCAGAUCCACGGUCAUUCAGAGCCUGGUUGAUAACUCUUCAGAAAUUGAGGACAAGGAUCAAAUUUUGGAGAACAGUUCUCAAAAAGAAAACAUGUUUCUAUGUGAUUCUCUAAAGGAAGAGUGUAUUCCCGAACACAUGGUAAGAGGAAAUAAAAUAAUGGAAGCUGAAAGCCAAAAGGCUACCCAGGAAUGUGAGAAAUCAGCCCUCACCCCUGGCUUCUCAGAUAAUGCGCUCAUGUUAUUUUCACCAGAUUUCACUCUUGGGAAUACAUUAAAGUCUACGUCAGACGACAGUCUUGUAAAGCAAGAGUCUAUCACAGGAGUGGUUGGACAACGUGAAGCAUGUAGUUGUGAAGAAGUAAAAAUGACUGUUGCCUCAGAAGCUAAAAUACAGCUGUCAGAUUCAGAGGCAAAAUCUCAGAGUUCUGCAGAUGAUGUUUCCGCAUGUAGUAACAUCCAAGAGGCUCCUCGGCAGGGUGACAGUGGCUUAAGCAGUGAUAUCUCUCGUAGCAUUCCUUUGGACCAGGGGUCAAGCUGCGAUGGUCCUGAUCAAACAACCAGUCAUCCUUACUACCUUCGAAGUUUCCUUGUGGUGCUGAAAACCGUACUUGAGAAUGAAGAUGAUAUGAUGCUCUUUGAUGAGCAGGAGAAGGGAAUUAUAACUAAAUUCCAUCAGUUAUCAGGUACUGGUCAGAAGUUAUACGUAAGGCUCUUUCAACGUAAAUUAAGCUGGAUUAAGAUGAGUAAAUUAGAAUACAAGGAGAUUGCCUCAGACUUAACACCUGUGAUUGAAGAAUUGCAGCAUGCAGGCUUUCUACAGACAGAAUCUCAGUUGCAAGAACUCUCUGAAGUGCUUGAACUCCUUUCUGCUCCUGAACUGAAAUCCCUGGCCAAGACCUUCCACUUGCUGAAUCCCAGUGGACAGAAACAGCAGCUGGUGGACAGCUUUCUCAAAUUGGCCAAACAGCGUUCAGUCUGCACUUGGGGCAAGAAUACGCCUGGAAUUGGUGCAGUGAUUUUAAAAAGAGCUAAAGCCUUGGCUGGGCAGUCAGUACGAAUCUGUAAAGGCCCCAGGGCUGUGUUUUCCCGGAUCUUGCUGCUGUUUUCAUUGACCGACUCCACGGAGGAUGAAGAUGCUGCUUGUGGAGGUCAGGGGCAGCUUUCAACGGUCCUGUUGGUCAACCUUGGCCGAAUGGAGUUUCCUAGUUACACCAUCAAUCGGAAAACCCAAAUCUUCCAAGACAGAGAUGAUCUUAUUAGAUAUGCAGCAGCCGUGCACAUGCUGAGUGACAUUUCUUCUGCAAUGGCCAACGGGAACUGGGAAGAAGCUAAGGAGCUUGCUCAGUGUGCAAAACGGGAUUGGGACAGACUGAAAAACCACCCUUCUCUGAGAUGGCACGCAGAGUUACCAGUCUUUCUGCGGUGUUUCACUGUUGGAUGGAUUUAUACAAAGAUUUUGUGUCGGUCUGUGGAAAUACUGCAGAGACUUCACAUGUAUGAGGUUAGAGCACAGGUUCCUGCCCCCCAUUUCUGCUGUGACAGCAUUAAACGUGAAGGACGGCGAUCGGGCUCUCCGCAUUUCCUACUUCUUUGGAAGCCGUCAGGGAACUUGAAAGCCUUUUGUCUCAGAGAAUUUAUUGUCCUGACAGCAGAGGCCGAUGGUGGGAUCGACUGGCUCUUAACCUACACCAGCACUUGAAGCGCCUGGAACCGAAUACCAGGGAUGCCAGCACAGCCUCAACAUAGAGACCAGAAGCUUUUGUCUUCACUGAUGAGCGAGAUGGGCUGGCUGUGUACUCUGUGCUGGGAUUUAGGAAUCAGGAUCUAGGAAUUAAGGGAGAGUCAGGUGACUCACCCUUCAGCAGGUACCUUCAGGGAAGGUGUUUUGGAAAUGGUGACUGUUCAUUUGUGGGACAGGGUCUCUAGGUAGAAAGACUGGCAGGAAGGGGUUCCUUGCCUUAUCUUACUGCAGGGCCUUCAUCAGUGACUUUGUAUUUCUGCGAGGUGUUUUGCUCUGCCAUUGGGAAGCGCUAUUUGACCUUGAGCAGGCACCAGUGCUCCCUGUGGUGGUGAUCUUGAGGGACUUGGAAGCACAGGGAUUCUGUGGCUGCCACAGCCAGGCAGGGUGAGGCGGCAGAGGCUGGGCCUCUGGGCUAGGCGCAACAGUGGUUCUUUGUGUGGCCGCCAGCAGGCCCCUCCCUGUCUCUCUUUCAGCCUUGCAUUGGAGCUGAAUGGAGAGGACUGUGCCUCUGGGGGCUUUUGGUUUUUUCAGUGGUCCAUUAAGUGAAUCAGGGUGAUGUAGGGGUGGAAAGAAAUGACCACAGGAUAGGAAAUAGAACAUCUUGUUUUUACUGCCGUCAGCUGAAAAAGUGCCUUGUUACCUAAGUAUCAGGGAAAGAGCCAGUAAAGCUAUUUCCUCUCGUGGAGGAGGGCAUGGGGCUUCCUUACCACUCAGUGUUUACUGAGGCUGAAAUAGCAGGAGAAAGCAUCUGGUAGCCCAGAACCAAAUACAGAAGGAGAACUCUUGUGUUUCUGUGGCUUUCUUUCAGUGAAAUCAAAGUUCAAGAGAGUUCCUAGUUCUGCUAGUGGGUGGACAAGCCACUGGGCUGAUUUUUGAGCCUGGAGCUAAGCCUAGUCCCUCCAAACCUUUUCCCAGAGGUCUUACUGGCCACACUCCCAGCUCUUGUUAUUUCGUUAGUUUCUUUCAUCUGUACCUCAGUCUCCAGGGAAGGGAUCUCCUAGCUGAGUGCUUGCUCCUGCAAAGUGCCCUGCAGCCAGCCCAGGCCUGGCCAGGGCAGAGGUGGAGCCAGCUGGGCCUCUCUCUCUGAGGCACCAUCUUCUGCCAGUGAACAGGGUGCACUUCAGAGUCUCAUUCUCCUGUCCUUUCCUUCCGGCCACUCAACUCCUGAUGGCCUGAGCUUUCAUUGAUUUUCAAUUUCUUCGUUUUUAUUUUUUCUUUCACUUUUUAUUUUUCUAUUGUGGUAAAACAAGUUUAAUAUCCCUAAAAUUUGGCAUUUUAGUAAUUUUUAGGCAUACAGUUCAGUGGCAUUAAUGGUACUCGCAAUGUUUUGUGACCACUGCCACUCUCACUACUCCAGACAGAAAGUCGGCAACCAUUAGGUGACAACGCCCCGUUUCCCAUCCCCCGGUCCUGGCCACCUCUCAUCUACUUUCUGUGUGUAAAUGUGCCUGAUCAUUUCAGUGGAACCCGACGAUAUGUGUGGUUCUGUGUCUGGUCUAUUUUGCUCAUCAUCAUGUUUCUGAGCUUCGCUUGUAUCACGGCACAGGUCAGGACUCUGCUCCUUUUCCAGGCUGAACACACUUCCACUGUAGCACCCACCACAUUUUCCUAGGUACUCAUCGGUCCCUGGACACGGGUUCCUCCCCGUCGGCCUUUUUGAAGAGUGCUGCAUGAACCUCUGCUUUUGUCCCUGCUUUCAGUUCUUUUGGGAAAUACCUGAGAGUGGAAUUGCUGGGUCCUGUGGUGACUCUGCAUGGAGGUUUUUGAGGAGCAGCUGAACUUUCUUCACAGUUGUUUACACCAGUCUCACAUUCCCACCGGCAGUCUGUGAGGGUUCUGGUUUCUCUACCUCCUUGCCAGCACUUAUUUUCCAUGUUUCUGAUUAUAGUCAUCCUAGUAAGUGUGAAGUGGUAUCUCCUUGUGGCUUUCUGUAUUUCUGUUUAUUUGUCCGACUCUGAAUCACCUUGGGAAAUACUUGUAACUCCUCUAAACCUUAGGUUCCUGUCCCUGUAAAUAAGGAAUCUGAAGCCACUCCACGGUUCCUGACUGCACAUGAGAUUAACCUGGAGCUCUGAUGUGGCCACACACCUGGGCUCCUGCUCUGGAGGUUCUCAUUGUGUGGAUCCGGGGUGGGACACAUGUUUUCUUUCAAAGCUGCCUAGGUGAUGUCCUGAGAACCACCGAGCCAAGCUUUCCUGUAAAGUCAGGCAUCCCUGAAGUUCACGCCCUUUGUGAGGGGCAGCUGCUGGGAUCCGCUGUCCACCUGGAUCACGGCCCAGUCACGCUCCAGCAUGUUGACUGUGAAGGCUAUGCUUGCCAUGUGCAUUGAAAGCAUCCGAAUGAGAUCUAAAGAAACAGCCUGAUUUUCUAGAAGUGCUGUUUGCUCAUUUGCUAAUCAGCAAAAUUCAAUAAUAGUGGGGUUUUCCGUCAUAGAACAGAGGGAAGCUGCCAUGGGGUCUUUUAGGAGGCUGAUGUGUGACCACACUCUU